AUUAGUACUUGGAGGAGCUAUAAAUAUGCAGGCUUACAUGUGCAUAGCUUCAGUGUGCUCUUAACUGCUAAUAAACAUUCAGUAAUGGCUUCUCCUAAGCUCUUCUCCCUUCUCAUUCUAACUUCUUUGCUCAUCGUUUGCGUGUCUUGUUCUUCUUUUGAAGAUCAAGGCAGCAAAGUCCCGCCUUCUCCAAAAUCCCGAAAACUUAUAGAAGCUCCUAGUGCUAUUCCUAGGCCUCCUACCAAAGCUAAGAAAGUUGACCUGACUCUGUAUUACGAAACACUAUGCCCAUUCUGUGCACAGUUCAUCGUAAAUGGACUAUCAAAGGUAUUCGACACAGAUCUCAUCAACAUUGUGAACUUGAGGCUAGUCCCAUAUGGAAAUGCUCAUAUACAAGGACCUAACAGCACCAUCGUUUGCCAGCACGGCCCGGAUGAGUGCUACUUGAACAGCAUAGAAGCCUGUGCUAUCAACAGCUAUCCAGAUGCGACGCAGCAUUUCAAAUUCAUUCAUUGCAUUGAGAACCAAACCAUUCAAGGAAAGCAGUCGAAAGAUGAAUGGAAAUCUUGUUCUCAACAACUAGGGAUGGAUCCGAAACCUGUCCAAGAUUGCUACGACAGCGGGUUAGAGAAAAAGCUUAUACUACAAUAUGCAAAUGAGACAGCGCAUCUUGAUCCGGUUCACAACUAUGUGCCAUGGGUUCUUGUCAAUACUAGACCACUCUAUGAAUCCUACCAAAACUUUGUACCCAUUGUCUGUGCGGCUUACAAAGGAAGUCCAAAACCAGAGGCUUGCAAACCACUUCCGCCCAAUAUCAACUCAACUGAUAAGGAAAACUCUACCGGACAAAGAUGCUACAAGGGUGAAGAACACCAGGAACAGCUAAAACUUCGUAGAUGAAGGCGGAAACUUCAGUGUGAUUCACAUACAUGGUUCUGCAAUAUAUUUUGCUCUGUGCAGCAUUGCCGGUCCCAUAUCAUUAUGAAUAAUUGACCAGCGUUAUAUGUAUUGUAUCUUGGUUCAAUAGUUAUGAAUUAAACUGAAUUUUGAAUAUAUGACUUUCUAAUA